AUGUCUGGGAGGCGAGGUCUGCACACAUCUGCCAAUCAGAUGGUCGGACUCUUGACAUAUACCUCCAGAAGCAUGACCCUUAGUGGCCGCGAGUGCACUGCAGCGUCACCCACUCUAGCUUUUCCACAGAGCCCGGCCCCAACUACACACAAGAGUAUUUCAGAAGCGUAUCGGGCACUGCUGAGUAUUCUCUGCAAAAAGCACUCUUGUAUGAUGAGUAGUUGCAUUUCACCUGAACCAUCGUCCUUUUUCUCCCAUCGUCAUUCCUCCACUCGGCACUAUUGCGUACCCACUACUCGGACGAUCUCUCACAUGUUGCUAUUGUUUCUUUCUUUUUUGCCUGACCCUCGCCACCCGCCUCUCCGCGACAACAGAUGGUCUACUCGCCCAUCUUUCAUGUUGGCAACCUGCUCAUCCUUGCGGCAUUUGCUGUCGUCCUACUUACCAACGGCUCAACUGGCAGAUAUGUUCGCUCGCAUGUUUGCUGGUCAGGAAAGCAGGCCUCCUCCGAACCUGACGUGA